UCCUGCUGUGCGAAAAACAAACAUAUAUAUUUUAAGGGGAAGAAAUGGAAAAAUGUAAUUACUAAAUUUAAAUCUUUUCGGUGACGUAUCCUGUGGAGCUGUCCGCUGGAGUGUGGUGCUGAAACAAAACAGUUUUUAUCAUCUAAAAAAGAAAACACACACACACACACAAACGCCCAGAUCUUGAGUAGCAGUGAUGCUGUUGAGCUGAAGUAUAACAACUGAAGAUUUUCUUAUGCUGUUGAGUCCACUUUGAGUCAAAAAACAAAUGCGUAAAAGUGCGCGUUAUUAUAAGAGCUUUAACGAUUUUUGUAAAUCGAUUAAAACUGCGAAAAGCCCAAUUGCCAUUUAAAACUGGGAUGGUUAAAUAAUGUAACAUAAACUGAACCAAGCAUCUUCGGCUCUGCUUUGACGCAACUGGCUGGACAGCAGUGUGCACUCGGGAUUUUGUGUUUAAUUAGCAUAAAAGAUCUGCUGGAGAGCAGCAGGACUGUGCGUCACAGCCAUCGGCGAGGAUGGGAGGGGGAAAGGGGGGGAUACCUAUGGGAGUCAACAAACUGCAGUGUGUAUUCCUUCCACGACCGACAAAAACCAGUCCGGCUGAUGUGGAAUGAUGACUUAGCUCACAGCGUUACAGGUGACUGGAGACAGCUGGGAGAGUCUGAGAGCCGGAGGGGCGCAGCAGACCGACCUCAACGCAGCCAGCGCGCUGAUGGAACCGGCACCGUGAGCUGUAGGUGAAUCCCUCCCAAAACCUGUGAGCUCUGCCCGGGACCAGCACGUCACCUGAAUGACGGGAUAUGAGACAAUGAAGCAACUAGGGACGGCGGGGAUAAAACGAGUCCAAGUCACGAGAGUGGAAAAGUGUGUGCGAUGACGGACAGCGCAAGGGACAGAGAAGAGGUAAAGCAGAGGAAAGUUGUCUAGCUAAUUAGGGCUCCCCGGUGGUGGAUGAGAAAACAAAAUAAAAAGACAGAACAGAUGUGCCAAGCGUGCGUAAUUCUGUAAACAAACCGGUGGACACUGAACCUCUAUUUUUUUAAGACAAGAUUUGAACCAGAGAGGAAGGAAAUCAUGGAGCCGGAGGGGAUCACAGCGGGACAAGCCACUAAUAUGGCACAAUCUGCCGCCUCCAAACUGUCCCAGAUGGGUGAAAGAACUAAACAACUGGUAAUCCAAGACCCAGAACGGCAGAAACGGAUUAUUCUCGUAAUAGUCUGCAUAGCACUUUUAUUAGACAACAUGCUUUACAUGGUAAUUGUGCCAAUUAUACCCGAUUACCUUGAAGGGCUACAGAAAUCAGCGGAUCAUGCCCAAGCCGCUGCAGCGCAUACAAACUCCACCAACAGCACCUUCCACAAAGUAGCCAAGGGGAACUUCGACCUACAGAUUGGGGUUCUGUUCGCCUCUAAGGCCAUCCUGCAGCUCCUGGUGAACCCGCUGAGUGGCACGUUCAUAGACAGGGUCGGCUACGACAUCCCACUUUUCAUUGGACUCAAUGUCAUGUUUCUCUCCACUCUCAUAUUUGCCUUCGCUGACAACUACGCGACCCUGUUCCUGGCGCGCAGCAUGCAGGGCCUCGGCUCGGCUUUCGCGGACACGUCGGGGAUCGCUCUGAUCGCAGACAAGUACACGGAGGAGACGGAGAGGAGCAAAGCGCUGGGUAUAGCCUUGGCUUUCAUCUCUUUUGGGAGCCUUGUGGCGCCCCCCUUUGGAGGGGUCCUCUACGAGUUCGCAGGGAAGCGGGUGCCCUUCCUGAUCCUGGCCUGCAUCUGCUUCGCUGAUGGCGUGCUGUGCCUGACUGUGCUGAAGCCCUUUUCCAACCGAGAGAGAGAAAACAUGCCAGUGGGUACCCCCAUAUACAAACUGAUGAUUGAUCCUUACAUAGCUGUGGUGGCUGGUGCUCUCACCAUCUGUAACAUCCCUCUUGCUUUCCUUGAGCCCACCAUCGCCAACUGGAUGGAGGAGACCAUGCAUUCCAGCCAGUGGGAGAUCGGCAUGACAUGGUUCCCUGCGUUCUUCCCUCAUGUCCUGGGUGUCUAUCUCACCGUCAAAUUAGCAGCCAAGUAUCCUCAUCUCCAGUGGUUCUACGGGGCUAUAGGUAUGGUGUUUAUAGGUGCGAGCUCCUGCACGGUGCCAGCCUGUAAAAACUUUGGCCAGCUCAUGAUCCCACUGUGUGGCAUCUGUUUUGGCAUCGCCUUCGUGGACACGGCGCUCCUGCCGACACUGGGUUUCCUGGUGGACGUGCGCCAUGUGUCAGUGUAUGGCAGCGUGUACGCCAUCGCAGACAUCUCCUACUGUGUGGCCUACGCCCUGGGGCCCGUGGUGGCCGGACAGAUAGUGCACGAUCUGGGCUUCGUUCAGCUCAACUUGGGCAUGGGGCUCGCCAACGUGCUUUACGCACCGGCGCUCCUGCUGCUGAAGAACGUGACUCAGAUGAAACCCUCUUUCUCUGAGCGAAAUAUGCUCCUAGAGGACGGCCCAGCGGGGCUGUAUGAUACGAUUAAGAUGGAGCAAAGAGAGAAGAAGAAAAAGGGUUUGUGUACGACGAUCGACGAGAAUGGCAUUGAGACCUUUGCUCAGCGCUCAUUCUCAGAGGAGGAAUCCUCAGGAGGAGAGUAUGCGUAAAAGUCCUUUAACUGAGUGUUAAACGAUCAAAGUGCCCAUUUAGAGUUGUGUGUAGCCCGUUUGAUUCAAUCAAAUACAUAACACGAUUAGGAUUGUGUAACAACAUCAAUUAUUUACCGCUUCUGGUGACAAUUCCUCUGGGUUUUUGUCAAAUCAAGUAGCUUCACGCUUUUUGGCGCUCGCUGGCGUUUCUUCAUUUUAAAAGUGAGAGUAUUGUGAACGAUUUGCUGAGAUAAAUGUCUAUUCAUUAGCAGUAUUUAUCAGAAACGGACUCAUAUCGUAUUCAGGGAAUUACGUGUAAAUGUACUUUAACAAAAGAGCAAAUGUAGUGUAUGCGUCUUUCAAUGUGAUCUGUAUUUCUUUUGCUGCUAAACUCAGUAUGCAAUAUUGUGUGUCACAGGACAGUUUUAGAAAUUUGGAAAGUAACUGAAAUCUGCGUCUUGUUGUUUAUUUUGGAUGAUGUAUUUCUGGAAUGCAUAGCCUCAAUGUAUGAUCUGCUACUGUACAUACAUGUAUAUUCAUGUACAUAAUUAAAUGAAUAUUAUGUGAAGGA